GAGAUGGCGCGUAGCAACGCUGUUCUCUUGGCCUGGUGGUAUUGUGACAUAAAACGAAAAGUGUGAUUGCGGGGAAAAAAUAGGGUUGACUAUUUAAGACAGAUCUACAUUCUGAAAUAAAUAGUUUUAUGGUUUUAGCCUCGCUAGCUGAUGCAGAAUGGAUAUUGAGGCCAGAACGGAGGAAUCACAAAGACAGACUCCUGUAAUGAUCAACAUUAAAACAGUUGGUGGCCAAAAUAAUUUUAAUUUGGUUAGUGGUAAAAAAAGAAAAGGUAUCGGUAAAAAAGGCAUCACCAGAACGAGGACAUGUGAGGACUGUGGCUAUACGUUUUGUUCAUCGUCUAAUUUGUUAAGACAUAAACGAGAUAAUCGUUGUGGUCGAUUGCACACGUCGCGUCUUUCGGGAUCCUGGAAUUGUCCUAAUUGUAAAUAUCAUUUCAGGUUUUAUCCACUGUAUGUUAAACAUCUGAGAAGGUGCAUAAAAAGAGUAGAACAGUUAGCCACCUCUGAAAAUAAACUCGACACAGAAAACAAAAUAGCAGAGCCUAAACCUUCUAAUAAACAGAAAGGAGGUUUUCAUUCUGUACCUAAAAAAUCUUCAAAUUUUCCCAGUAAAUGUAAGGUAUGCGGAGUGAAUUUUCGCUCGGCUCUUCAUUACAAGACUCACUUGAGUAGGAAAGGUUACUGCAGGCCUCGCCCCUUCACGUGCUACAACUGUGGGAAAAUUUUUGACACCAUUCAUCACCUGAUAGCUCAUGAAAACCGAAAAUCUUCUUGUCUUGCAUACGUGUCCAGCACAGAAAAAAUAGCUACGGAACAGUCUGAACAAAAAAAUGUUCUAAAACAGGAAGCUAGUUUUACUAGCGCAGGAAAUUCAGUAGAGUGUACUGAAAACAAAUGUGAGAAGUGUGGCAUGUUGUUUGAGUUUCCUUAUCUGUAUCGAAAGCACGUGCAAAGUUCCUCUUGUGCAGAAAUCAUGGACACCAAGUCUGUGGAUAAAGUUCAAUACUCGAAUAUUGGAAAGAACCUUCGAUCCAAGAAACCUGUUCUGUGCCAUACACCAAAGAAACCAUCAAAACGAGGGUAUCAGUGUAGAAAGUGUGGCUACAUGUUUUCAAGAGUUUAUCGCCUGAGGAAACACUUGAAUAGAAAGUUUCCAUGUGUUCCAUUACGCCAGCAUUUCUUAACAACUCGAAAUCGUUCAGCUAGGAAGACCAUGCCACCGGCCAGAUUACAACUCGAACUCUGCGACCAGAGGAACAGCAUUCCAGCUGAAACGACUCAUGUUGUUGAAAAAUACAAGUAAUUACUACAAGAGUGUACACAGCAAAAUCUUAAGAAAGUAUCAAAAAAUGACAUCAAAUCGACAGAAAACAAAAUACGAGUCGGAUAUAAAGCCCCCUGUUUGCGAGCUAUGUGAUAAAACUUUUGUGAGUGCUAAAUCUUUUGUUAAGCACAUGCAGUUGCAUCCAGGUUUCAUUGCUUCUAACCAUCCCGUAAAAUGUCCAAGUUGUCCAGAAAUAUUUUCUAAUCCUGCUUGUCUAUUUAAACAUCAAAAAGCAGAGAAGCAUUGGGGAUCCAUGUUGUCUCGUACCCGUGAGUGCGAGUGCCCUUUCUGUGGGAAAGAAUUUCUUUACAUUGGACGUCGAAAUGGCCAUGUUAGGUCAGUUCACAUGCAAUCUGACCCAAAAGAGGCAAAAAAAUUUUUAGAUGAGACUACCUGUGACAUUUGCUUUCGUCAGUACGUAGAUGCCUCCGAAAAAGUUGCGCAUAUCCAGCGUGAACACCAAGGAAUUUCAUCAGUGGGUUUGGAGAGAGAAUAUACUUCCACACCAAAACCUUCAAAUGUAGAAAGCUUAUCAGAAUCGAUAGAGAAAACACCAAACAAUCCCGAAAAUUACAAGAAAAGUAUAGAAACUCUGACGCCUGCCAUGCUUGCACUGAUGAAAAAGUAUCCUACAAAAUGUCCGUUCUGUUUCAAAAUGUAUUCUUCGUGUUAUGUACGUGACAGACAUCUAAAAUGUCAUACUAAGGAAAAACCAUUUGUUUGUUCCUGGUGUAAUAAAUGUUUUGCUCGUUCAGAACACCUUACUCGUCAUUAUCAGCAAAAUCAUAAUGACCUGCUUUCAUUCAAGUGCCUUGGAUGUGGAACGAAGUUUCCCACCCGAUUGCAAACGAUUCAACACAUCGGAAAGGCUCAUUCAGGAGUUUCAAGAUCGAGCCUUCUUUAUGAAAUUAAAAAUCUUUCCUUAGUAUCCAGUCAACCAGCUCCAUCAGUUGAGAUUUUAAAAGAGGAUUAUGUGAAGAAGCCAAAACCAUUUCAUUAUCCAAAACCAGGGCUUAUCUUGUCACCUGAUGACACUGCUCGUGGGAUAUAUUCAUGUGAAAUCUGUGGUAUUCAUAAUUUUACCAAAAUGACUGCACUACAUCGUCACAGGAAAUCCCGGUUUCAUCGAGAGAAUUUACUUUUGAGACAAGUUAAAUCAAAAACAUCAAAAAGCUUGUCAGUCACAAGAGCUUCAGUAAGCUAUAAAUGUUCUGUUUGUGAUGUUUCAUACUCUAGCAUCGCCACUUUUGUACCUCAUCGCCUCAGUCAUUUUCAAGCCCAAAAUUUGGACCCUUCUGAGAUCAAUGAAUGCAACCCAUACAGUUGUGAGAUUUGUCGGAAGACCAUUGAUCACCACCAGAAGGUACAAACCCACCUUCUGUCGCAUCUUCAAGCAGAUCGUACUACCAGGUUCAUUAGCUCCACAGACGGUGAUACUUUAUCGCAGGAAAGAAUGACCCUCAUUGACCGAAAAUCUACUCCGUCGGUCACUUCUCGUGAAAAAUCAAAUGUGAAAGUUGAUACUAAGAUCAAGAGCCCAGAAAACGUUGCAAAAAAAAGUAUUCAGCCUUCAAAAAUUUUACAAGAAAAAAAUUAUUCCAAACCAAGUGUAGAAAAACAAGAGCCAGAAGUGAAGACUGAGGAAGACCACACCAGAAAUUUUUCUUGCUAUAAAUGUCAAACUGCAUUUUCAACAAAACAACAUUAUACAGCUCAUAUUCGCCACUAUUGCCCUCUCAAAAAGAAUUCCAAGGACCUUCUACAGUCAAAUUUUGAAAAAUCGUGCCCUCCUGACACCAUCACGAAUCCACAAUCGGUAACAUCAAUGGAUAUUUUAACUUGUGCUCAUUGUUCUUUGGAGUUUGUUUCUCCCGAAGACCUUGGAUGGCACGAAAAAAGUUGUCGUAAAGUGCACAGCUCUGAGAGGAUUGACUUAAAUGAUACGCUAAGUUCGGAGUUGCACCAAUGCAGAUACUGCCACUGUGCCUUUAUCACCCUGGAUAUCUGUCGUGAACACGAGCGUGCAUAUUGUAAGAAGUUACAGACAUGUGAAGAGUGUAGUGUGGACUUUAAAAGUCAUCAAGAUCUCAUUGACCACAUUGAAAGCUUCCAUGGAGUUAAUCAUCAGCUGAAAUGCUAUGUUUGCGGACAGACGUUUUACAGUCCUAGGGUUCUUAAAAAACAUAUUCAGUCUCAUGAGGAGGACAUUGCAUUCAACUGUCUCUAUUGUGCAGCUUUUUUUUCAGACGUAAAAGCUCUUUUUGAACAUCUUGAAAGUCAUGAAGUAAAGUUAAACAUUCAGCAGCAUGAUGUUGAUCUGGAAAAUGAACUUGUUUCUAGCCAAGGAGAAUCUGUAAUAAAUUCUAGCCUAGUAGAAUCUGUAAAAAAUUCUAGCCUAGUAGAAUCUGUGGAAAAGUUCGAGUCAUUUUCGGCAGAAGAGGGUUCAAAAAAUAAAUUUCAGUGUUCUUACUGUCCUCGGGGCUACAAGGACAGAGCACAUUAUCGAGAACACUUGGUCAUUCAUGAACCAUUCCAUUGUAAAGUGUGUGGAAAGGAAGAGAAUACUGUCGUCGGUUUUCGAAAACAUCCCUGUCAGCUUCCAGAUGGAAAACUAGCUACAGGAAUUCUCUAUCGAAAAAGUUGGGGAAAGAAGAUGAUCAAACUUGUGAGAAAGAAACAUUCUACAUCGUUUAAUUAUACAACUGCAACUGAUACGGAGUUGGUUGGUAACGAGGAGAGUAAAGCUGAUGACGGUGAAGAAAUAACGGGCUCCGAUAAAAUACACAUAGGUUCAAAACGUCCAAAGACCACCACUGAUGCAUCAGAAAAACUGCUGGAGAAAGUGGAAAAUUAUAAUUUCAAACAAGAAGAACUUGAUGCUUUAAGAAAGAACUUUUCUCAGUUGCUCUUCUUUUUGGUUGCAGAUCCAGAACUUAUGGAACAACUUGGUUGGGGAGAAAAGCUCAUAGACAGUGUACUGGAUGAUGUUCUUCAACAUAUGGGACAGCAACCUGUAGAGUACCACGACAGCCAGUCUGAACUAGAACGUCUGAGAGACAACAUUCAGCUUUUAUUAAAAAUUUCCAUUAAGGACCAUGUGAUGGAUGACGUUGAAAAAGGCAGAAAGGUUAUCGACGAAUUGGUGCAGGAAAUGUUAAAUAUGUGCACCUCGCACCUGGGAGAAGAUUCUGUUGAUAAUAGUAUGGAGUGGGACUCUAAUGUUGAAUAAUGAAGAUUAUAUCAAUUCAGAUCAGAAUCAAGACAAAAAAAAAUUGUAUCUUAAAGAGUAAAAUCCUAACCUGCUUAGAUGACUAGAAGAUAGUGAUACAGUACGCUUGAAAAACGUACUUCACUUUUAACGUUUAAGAUUAAAUAGCUGCUUUCGGGGUGUAAAAAUAUGAAAACAGAGUGAUAGCUUGAAAGCAUUGUAAUGCAGUGUUGAGUUGAUAAAAAUAACUCUGUACUGAAAACAGAUUAUUAACUAUGGAAACUAAUCGGUUACGAUACACUGUUUACAAAAAGAGUGUACUUAAAUAAGAAGUGGUUGGAAACAAAAGUUUUUGAAAUGAAAUCAAGUUGAAACUAAACAAAAUGUUAAUUAAAAGAUAGUGUUGAAAAGGAAGUACUUUUUUUAUGAGUAUCAAGUUAGUUGGGCCUAUUCUAAGUCUCGUAACUCCAAAUGUAGGUAUUGCUGGGCUUCGAAAUUUCAUAUAUAUACAUUAAUUUGGUUAUUAGGACAAAUGUUGGUGAUGAAACAUUGCCAUUGGUGGCACUUUUUAUUGAAAUAUACCCAGGAGGAUGGUUGAAUGUGAUGUAUGGAUGUGACCAUUACUUCCAUAUUUGAGAGGUGGUGAUACAUGAACCCAUCCAAGAACAAAAAUGUGCAGGUGGAUGUUAUCUUUCAAUGACUUCAGUAAUGAAAGCAAUGUGCCCAUCGAUUAUUCAGUUGUCAAACACAUUUAGCAGCAAUGUGAUAGCAGGUGGUGUAAUAUAGGGUGAAGCACCACCUUGCAUGUAUCCCAUUUAACUGAAAAAAAACCCUAUUCCCUGAAGUUCAGUAAUAAUGUGGUUAUUGAAAAUGUUAACUGUCACAGUUUGAAACCUAUAAUUGAUGGCAUCCUUAAAGAAGAAUGGUUGUGGAUCUGACCCAUGUCGUGGCUUUCUCACCGUGCAAUGAUUGUUACGCUGUUUGUUUCUUUCCAGUUAAGAAAAUGAGCCUCGCCAGUCCAUAAAAAUUCUGUCAAGACAUUUGUCAUCAAUGGUUGUUCUAAUCACGAGCUCAAGAGUGUAAAGUUUAUCCUUUGAUCCCAGUGUGUAGACUUCCUAUUUCACACCUUACAGACUCUUGUUUUUUGGGAUUCCACAAUGUUUGGCAAUUUCAUUGGUGUUGCAAUAUCAAUUGCAAUUUUUCCAACUCCCACGACAACUCGGCUGGUGUUGGAGGGCAACCACUGUAUUGAAACUGCAUCAGGAACCUAUCUGAAGCACCAGUUUCACGUGAACAUGGUUUCAUUGCUCACUGAUGGUAUAAAGUUUCACAAUUGCAAUUCUAACGUGCAGAGACAGACUGUUCGGAACCAUCUUGGAAAAAACAAGUUUCUGCAGCUUUUAUAUUGUUUGUAUGUAGAUAUAUUUAGUGCACCCUAGUGGCCAAUUUUUGUUUUCACUUUCAACAUUUUUGUCCCCAUCACCUGAUCAGUAUCUAUACAAAAUUACAAAGCCUAUCCCUACCUACAUUUGAAAUUUUGAGACUUGGAAUGGCCAAGCUAAAUCCACAUUAAUCCUUUAUAAUAGGUUAAAAGCAAAGAAAAAAAAUAUCAGUUUACAUAACUACCAGUAGUAGUUUUUUUUGGUGCACUGAAGAAGAAAGGGGAAACAUUGUACUAACUAACCAUUCUCUAAAUCUGUAACAAUAGUCACUGUUCUUGUAGUUGCUUAAAUGUGUUCAUCACGACUGCAGAAUUCUCAAACGUUUUGGGGCGACAGACUUCUAAUUUGCUACUUGCAGUCUAUGCCUUACCUUACAAUAAAAAUAAUAUUUAAACCAAAUAUGCACUAUACAGUCCCCCACACACACAAAGAAAUAUUGGUGUUAUGAAAUAUUUUUGUAUCUGUUGAUGGAAGAGUAACACUUCCAUCAAAGAUGGCAUCACCAUAUGAUAAAAUUGUGUUUAUUUUACUCACACUUUCUUUAAAUAUACUAAUUAAAACUUCCAUUAGGUCUUGUCUCUCAUAUCUAUACAAUAACAGAAGUGAUAGUACAGUAAAAUAAAUUUUCUUUUUUUUUUCUAACGACUUACAGUGUGUCACACAAAUUUGGAAAUGGUAAAUCUCGACUUCUAGCAGAUAGAUUAUUGGAUAAGGCCUGUCAUUUAUUAGAAUUUGUAAAUUAUAUUUGUUUCUGAUGGAGAUGAACAUCUGUUGGCCAGUUUCUUUACUAGAGAACAAAAUUCACAAUUUUUCUGCAGUCCUGCGUACACCUUUUAGGGGAGCAGCGUGGUUCAGCGGCUUUUUGCACUUUGGACUCGUAAUCGAGAGUUUGCAAGUUCGAGGCAAAACGGACUACCCAGGUUAACCCGUGAUGGACUGGCAUUCCAUGUAGUAGAGAAAUGUGUCCCCAUUCUCAUCUGCUAGUGCCAAUAAAGCCAAAGUUCAGCACCGGUUUCUAAGUACCAUCUCGACAUAGGAGGGAUACAACCUAGUGUACACCUUUUAGCUCAACACUUUUGUAGUCAUGUACACUGAAACAUAAAAAAAAAAA